AUGACUGAUUAUUGUUGUCCUUCAAUGGAUCUUGGUGCUAUGUUGGACCAAUACCAGAAGUUAUCUGGCAAGAAACUAUGGGAUGCUAAACAUGAGAACCUCAGCAAUGAGAUUGACAGGAUCAAAAAGGAGAAUGAUAGCUUGCAACUUGAGCUCAGGCAUUUGAAGGGGGAAGAUAUACAAUCUCUCAACUUAAAAAACUUGAUGGCCGUAGAGAAUGCAAUUGAACACGGCCUCGACAAACUCCGAGACCACCAGAUGGAGUUCCUCAUGACAAAGAGGAGAAAUGCUAAGAUGAUGGAGGAGGAGCAUAGGCAACUUAAUUUUCAGCUGUUUGGUUAUAGAGUGCAACCGAUUCAGCCUAAUCUUCAGGAAAAGAUUAUGUCUUUGGUCAUCGACUGA